AUGCGCUGCUUCGCUCUGUCAGCGCUUGCUCUUUCCAUCGCCUCAUUCGUCGUCGCUGCCGAUGCUGAGGACAAGCCUUCGGACGUCAUCAAUCUAACUGCGGCCGAUUUCGAGGCGAAGGUGAACCCGGAGUCUCUCAUUCUUGUCGAGUUCUUCGCUCCUUGGUGCGGCCACUGUAAAGCUCUAGCUCCUCAUUAUGAAGAGGCUGCCACCACACUUAAAGAGAAGAAGAUUCCAAUCGCCAAGGUCGACUGUGUCGACCAGCCAGAUCUCUGCCAGGCAAACGGCGUUCAGGGAUAUCCCACGUUGAAAGUUUUCAGGAAUGGCACCCCCACUGAUUACAACGGCCCCAGAAAGGCAGAAGGUAUUGUCAGCUACAUGGUCAAGCAAUCCCUCCCCGCCGUCUCAGAAGUUACUGUGGCUAACAUCGAAGAAUUUAAAAAGGCUGACAAUAUCGUCGCUAUUGCAUACGUUACCAGUGCUUCUCAAGCCCCUGCUGCUGAAUUCAGCGCCACCGCCGAAAAACACCGUGACGACUUCCUCUUUGGUAUCGCCUACGACAAAGACGCUCAGGCAGCUGAGACCGUUCAGCCUCCGGCUGUCGUUGUUUACCGUUCUUUCGAUGCUCCUCGUACAGAGUACCCAUACCCUAUCGCUGAUGCCAAGGCCGCAGACUUUGAGGAAUGGUUGAAGGACUUGGCUAUUCCCAUCAUCGACGAAGUCAGCGGCGAGAACUACGCCAUUUAUGCCACUUCCCCUAAACCCCUUGCAUACCUUUUCCUUGACCCUACCAAGGACGACAAGGACAGCCUUAUCGCUGCCUUUAAGCCGAUUGCAGAGGAAUUCAAGUCAAAAAUCAACUUUGUGUGGAUCGACGCCAUCAAGUUCGGUGACCAUGCUAAAGCCUUGAACCUUGGUGAGGCCAAAUGGCCAAGUUUCAUCAUCCAAAACGUCCAGAAGCAGCUCAAGUAUCCUUUGGAUCAGAGCAAGGACCUGACUCCCGAAACUGCUAAGCAGUGGACCAUGGACUUCCUCAAAGGCGUUUUAGAACCUUCUCUCAAGAGUGAACCUAUUCCCGAGACACAGGAUGAACCUGUCUUUGUAUUGGUUGGUAAACAGUUUGAUGAAGUUAUCUUUGACGACAAGAAGGACGUCCUCGUUGAAUUUUAUGCUCCCUGGUGUGGACACUGCAAACGUCUCAAGCCUACUUGGGAUCAGCUCGGCGAGCGUUACGGCGACUUGAAGGACAAGAUCACGAUUGCUAAGAUGGACGCCACGGAGAAUGAUAUCCCGCAAUCCGCCGGGUUUAGUGUUGCCGGUUUCCCGACUAUCAAAUUCAAGAAAGCCGGUACUCGUGAAUUCAUCGAGUAUGAUGGUGACCGUUCGCUAGAUAGCUUCAUUGCUUUCGUCGAGGAACAUGCUGCCAACGACCUUGAAGUCAAGAGCCCUCCAACUCAGGCCGAGGACGCUCAGACUCCACUAAGUGCCGAGGAGAAGACGGAGGGGAAAAAUGAGGAUGGCCAUGACGAGCUUUAA